AUGACUCCAACUUUUCUAGAUACACUUACCCAACGAAACCCCGUACCAGAUUCCAGAAGCGAAGAAGGGUACAGCACCAAGAUCAAGACAGUGUACGGUCCACACAAAGUGCAGCCUUGGACAGACGUUACAUGGGAAAACCUGAUUGGGAGUUUCGGGGAAGUCCUACAACGUGAGACCUAUGAUUUAAGGAUCAAAGAUAGGGACGAUAUCCACCCCGAGAAGCUUAACAUCUACACAGAAAGCUCAGUGACGUCACUUGGUGAAGACUGGAACGAAAAAUUGGUCCAGAAUGCACUAGACGGAACGAGGGAAGCACUGAUGGCGACACAGCUAAACGAACGCCUUGCAAAAGGCGUUGUACACUUCAAGAAAAACAACGGGCAAGGGCAUAUCCCGGACGAAAAGGGUAUUCUACAACAACCAGACUGGUGCGUCUAUCAGAAGGGGAAGGAAGAUUACGACAAGAGGAGAUUCGCCAAUCUUGUACCAGGCGACAGCAAGCCAGCAAGUAAAUGGAAGUCUGACUGGAUAGAUUGCGAGGACGCAACAUUAAAAAGACACGCUAAAUUGGUUAUGCAGCAAGUUACGAAAUACAUGUACCUCGGAAACACACGAUAUGGGUUCGUCAUCAGCGAGGAAGAAUUGGUCCCAUUACGGUUAUCGACAUUUCACAGUGACUCAGAGACUGUGGAUGAACGUAUAGGAGAUAAUCUUGCGCGACAAAUUGUCAACGCGACGCACGGCAACUUUGAGGAAGACGAGGAAGCCGAAGAAGCCGACGACCAAGGGGAUGAAGAAUAUCGAUCUCAGCGGGAGAUCAGUCUCGAGCCGUUUCAGAAGUUAGCAGACUUUUUACAAGACGCUAACAAUAAGACUCAUUUGUUGGUGGAGUACUGUCGUGUCCCUUGGGCCGUUCACGGCACUGGGGCACUCACUGUCAACUUGACCCUAUGGUGGCUUCCUAUACUAGCGAUUCUAGACUCCUCGGUAAGAGAAGCUGGGACGUACAACCCACUGAGCGAUACCAUACCCGAAGCUCAACGAAUUAUCAGCGGUGAGACAGCAGGAGGCGAGGUAAACAAUGAUAGCCACCAGAGGCAGGCAGGAAUAUCCCGCAAACGUAAGGUCGAUAAGUUGGAGCAACCCGUGACGAGGUCGAAGUCUCAACAGUCCUCAGUGGGCAAUAGCCAGCGUAGCCAACCAGCCGCACCAAGAGAAACGCCAGUUCCAUCUAGACGACCUCGUCGACUUGCCCAAGACGAAGCAACUCCUAUAUCUGUAUGGGACCGUUUAGAUACCCCUGGGAACAUGUUUUCUCGUCGUCUCCGGGCGAAGUCACGCAGGAGCAAAAGAAUGUUGAGUGAUUCUUUCACAUCAGUGGCGAGCAGUUUGCAAGGGAUGGAGGAUGAUGAGUAUGAAGUAUCUUUCACGUCGAAUUUAGGGUGA